GACACGCUGUCUUUAUCGACCAUAUUUAAAUGUACUGUCCAGGUACAUUCGCACUGUACGAGUACGGUAAUAUUAUUUUUACAUCGAAAACUCCCAGUGUAAAUUGUCCUAUAUUUAUCAAUAUGAAAGGAUUGUAUACAAACAUAAUAAGCAAUUUCCGCGAAAACGUUGCACUUGUUUUCCACCUUCGACCCAACUAAUGACAUUCUAAACAAAAAUUUAUAAUAUUAUGACAUAUAAUAUUAUUACGCUAAUAUUAGAUGGAAAUUUUCAGUCUUUUCAAGUUAGACUACUUAAAGAGCGUACCAAGGUUCAAUAUCACAAUACAUACCCGCAUGUAGCAAUAUAAAAUAGUAAGUUCAAAGUAACUUUUAAACUACGACAACAGUUAUUUUAAAGAGAGUGAGCUAAUGACCUAUAGUUGAUAUAUUGAAAUAGAAUCAAAGUGUCAAUGGCAAAUCGCCCUGCAUUUGGAGCCUCGGUUUGUCACAUAUGCUGUGACAGAGUCAGCUCUCCCAGAAUUUUACCUUGUCGCCACACGUUUUGCAAAUACUGCAUACAAGGACUGAUUCGAACCUCCCCACAAAACGAUGAGAUAACUUGUCCACUGUGUCGGAUAAAAACCAAAUUGCGUGAGAAUAGCUUUGACACAGUACUAGACAAUUCCUUUGAUCCAUUAAAAACCACAAGAGCACCACCAACCUUCUACUGUGGCAGUUGCCUUCAGGAGGCUAUACUAGAAGAGUGUUCGCACUGUUUGGAACAGCUUUGCGCCGCAUGCCGAUCGUCGCACCUGCUAGCGAUAGAAUUGAGUGAGAAUCAAAUCGACCAAAAUUCACCAGGCGAUGGGGGUCUCGAAGAUGGUUUGUCAGAUGAAGAGCAAUUGCUUAAUCUUCCACAAAUGUUUCUCUCGAAUCAUCUAACCAAAGUACAAAUUAACGCAACUCUGGUAGCCUCGUGUAGAAUAGAUUCGAUGUAUAGCACUCUUGACCUUUCCGAAGGACUUUCCGUGCGUAGUAUUCGACAAACACAGAACAACACUUUCUUGGUUCUUCAAUCAUUUGGUCCGGAGGUUGUUGAGUAUGAUUCAACAGGAGCAGAAGUCCGCAGACAUUAUUUACAAGGAGAAGCUAUUUGUGAUUUUAUUUAUUUACCAGGAGGUGACAUUUUGUAUUCAAUGCCUCAAAAUGGUCUUAUGUUGAAGAAAGACACCCGAAAUAAUGUCACCGUCUUUACUCAAAGCGUUCUUUACCAGCCAUUUUGUUUGUCCCGUUUCCAGGACGGGCGUAUUGUAGCUGGAGGCCCAGCCUUUCAACGCCAGGAUAGCAACGACCACGGUGCAAUCCAGAUUUACGACACAAAAGGGAAUUUGGCGCGAGUAAUUGUACAAUGUGCUGAAGGAAAAUUUGUAAAAUUUCCGAUAUUCAUUGCAGUAAGUGAUCGUAAUGAAAUAUGCGCUACAGACAAAGACUCUAAAUGUGUGUGUAUUUUUUCUGAGUGUGGCGCCUUUCUUUCUUGGUAUGACGGAGGAAUCGGCAUGGAACCCUCGGACUUUUAUCAAUUUCUGCCAUCCGGUCUGUGCUAUGAUAGCGAAGGAAAUAUACUCGUUGCCAACUUUUCAGAUGGGAUAAUACAUGUUUUGGCGCCAAGUGGUGAUUUUAAGGGCUACAUUCAAACAGAAAACUUGGAAGGAUUCAGGCGCGUAUCGUCAGUCUGUAUCAACGAAGCAAAAAUCAUAGCCGUCGGGGAUAUGGAAGAUAACACAAUCAAAAUUUAUUCUAUAGCCAGGUUUAAAAAUAUCUUUCAGUGAAGUUCUCGUGACCAAAAUGGCAAUUUCUUGCAUAUCUAAACUAAUAAAAAAAAAAAAGAAAUUGUACGAGUAUGUGCUUAAAACACUUGAUUAUUAAUCAUUAAUGGAAAUUAAUGAUAGGGUUUUUCAUAAUAAAACAUGCUUACAAUUUCAA